AGCUGAAUCAGCGCAAGAAGCAGGCCACUGAGGCAUCACACCGGAUUCACGAGUUAGAGGCAGAGGUGGCUCAACUUAACAGUCGUCUCCUCUCUGAGAACUCCCCAUCGCCGCCUCCUACCUCUCAUGGCAGUGGCGACGGACCUUCUCUCAAGCGCAGUUCCUCGCUCACUCGUCGGUCGGAGCAGGCGAGCAACGCAGAGCAAGGUGCGGCGCGAAUUCGUUCACAGAGUUGUUCUAAUCUUCGUCAUUUUGCCGACGGCAAUUACGCGGGCGUGUCCGGAACGGAGUUGCCCAUUGCCGCCGCUGCCACCGCUGGUGCCAUGGCGGCUAAACCACCAGAUUGGUCAGCUGCGAUUGAUGAUUUGGAAGUCAAAGAGGAUGGCACCGAUAACAAGGAAAUCCGCGUAAAUAAUCGUCAUACAGAGUUGACUGGGGCCAAUUCAGUUCGCUUCACGCGACGCGAGAUGGCACGAGUAGUGGUGGAACGCAAUUACUAUAAACGCAAGUACCUCGAACUGCAGGAGACUGUGCAGUAUGCAGCAGCUCUGAAUAAUGCACAGCAGCCGAGAGAACGUUCCCCAUCGCGCGGUUCGCCGCUCUCC